CGCGGCCAACUCCAAAUCUUCAAAACAACCUCUUCAUUGCCCCUCCACUCAACCCGUUUCUCUCUUCUCCACUCUCUACUAAAGAGGUUUUGCGCAGUACAUCACACAUACCCCACCACAACAGACCACGACCAUGGCUGAAGCAAGCGGCGACGUUCCUACCUUCAAGCUCGUGCUUGUCGGUGAUGGCGGUACAGGAAAGACCACCUUCGUCAAGCGCCAUUUGACCGGAGAGUUCGAGAAGAAGUACAUUGCGACCCUCGGUGUCGAGGUUCACCCUCUCGGCUUCACCACCAACCUCGGACAGAUCCAGUUCGACGUCUGGGACACAGCUGGUCAGGAGAAGUUCGGUGGUCUCCGUGAUGGAUACUACAUCAACGGACAGUGCGGUAUCAUCAUGUUCGAUGUUACCUCGCGUAUCACAUACAAGAACGUUCCCAACUGGCACCGUGAUCUCGUUCGUGUGUGCGAGAACAUCCCCAUCGUCCUGACCGGAAACAAGGUCGAUGUCAAGGAGCGCAAGGUCAAGGCCAAGUCCAUCACCUUCCACCGCAAGAAGAACCUCCAGUACUACGAUAUCUCCGCCAAGUCGAACUACAACUUUGAGAAGCCCUUCCUCUGGCUUGCCAGGAAACUUGUCGGCAACCAGACUCUGGAAUUCGUCGCCGCCCCCGCUCUGGCUCCUCCCGAAGUCCAGGUCGACCAGGCUGUUCUCGAGCAGUACCAGAAGGAGAUGCAGGACGCCGCUCAGAUGCCUCUGCCCGAUGAGGACGAUGCCGACUUGUAGAUACGACGAUCAACUCGCAUCGAGUCCCCCGCAUGGCUCGAACGCAAUAAUGGGUGCACGACAUGGUUUACGGAAUUUAGCGAUCUGAGAUAGUCGAUUGGGCAGCAUCAUGAGCUUCGGACAUUCUUAGCGAAAAUGAAGACGGGCAAUGAAUGAUGGAGGGUAUCGAUUCGGGGCGCCGGACUAGCUGGCGUUUCCGAUGAACGAAUACAUUAGACGAUUUUGGUUUCA